UAGUUACGGAGAAACCCGAGGCGAACCCCGGAAGCUCGGUCGUUACCUUGCUGGUGGUCACUGUCAGCCCGUUGUUAGAGCAAUGUGUUGCUGCUGCUGUGGGUACGGCUUCGUUGGAACUGAAGUUUAGCUCAAACGGGACUUCAAGAUGUAUUAAGACGGCGUUGCCGAUGAAAUAAAUUAGGAAUAUUAAGGUCUCAGCCUACAUGCCAGCCUACUUAUGUACUUCAUCCUGAAUGCUGGUCCAGGACGUACACACCACAGCAUGUUAUUGUGAGGAGAGAACAUAUUAGGGCAGGAUGCAGUCUUCAAACCACCGACUGCGAGAUAUGGAGCAGCAUCACCCGCUGCUGUCGGCAGGUGCAGAUGUGGAGACAGGGAGCUUGGCAGCAGGGGUGAUGGUUGGUGGUCCCCACGCUGGCCACACCGCAGGGAACCGCACAAUGUGGUUCAUUCAGGACAGCUGUGGGAUGGUGUGUGCAGGCAUGACCUGGUUCCUGGUGCUGUAUGCUGAGUUCGUAGUGAACUUUGUCAUGCUGCUGCCCGGCAAGAACUUCUGGUACUCGCUGCUGAACGGGGCCACCUUCAACUCCCUGGCCGUGCUUGCAUUGGCGUCACAUCUGCGCACCAUGUUGACGGACCCGGGUGCAGUUCCUAAGGGCAACGCAACCAAGGAGUACAUGGAGAGCUUACAGCUGAAGCCUGGCGAGGUCAUCUACAAGUGUCCGAAGUGCUGCAGCAUCAAGCCUGAGAGGGCACACCACUGCAGUAUUUGUAAAAGAUGUAUCCGGAAGAUGGAUCACCACUGUCCCUGGGUCAAUAACUGCGUGGGAGAAAAGAAUCAGAGAUUCUUUGUACUUUUCACUAUGUACAUAGCUUUGAUUUCUGCCCAUGCCCUGGGCCUCAGUGGUAUGCACUUCUUCACCUGUAUUAAAGUCCAGUGGAACGAGUGCAGUGACUUCUCUCCAGGAGUGUCUGUACUGCUGCUGAUCUUCCUCUGUCUCGAAGCCAUCCUCUUUCUCACCUUUACAGCUGUAAUGUUUGGUACGCAGCUCCACUCCAUCUGCAAUGACGAGACGGAGAUUGAACGUCUUAAAAAUGAGAAGCCCAUGUGGGAGCGUCGCAUGAGAUGGGAUGGAAUGAGAGCUGUGUUUGGGGGUUCGCCCUCCCUGCAGUGGUGCAAUCCAUUCACAGGCCUGCGUCUGCGGCGCCUGUUGCUGUUGACCCAUGCUCGCCGCGGCGGGUCUGAGUUUUCUGUCUGAGAGCAGGGCAGACGGAUGCAGCUUGCCAACACUUGACCGUCUCUGAAGCAAGAUUUCUUGUAUGGCCUCCUCGGCGGCGGCUCGGAUGGACCUCUGCUCCCUGAAGCUGUCCUUCAUGUGUGGGCGACAGGGAGACAGGCUGCUCCAGUGGGACCCCAGUCAAUCACAAUCACCACUAAAAGUUUGUAUUCUCACUCUCACAUGCUGAUGUAGACCCAGCUCCUUUGGUCUGCACGAGUGUGCUGAACAACUGGAAUAUUGUUUCUAACAUCAGCAGACGUUUUGGUUUGUUUGUGUGUUUUUAGGUAAAGCAUGCAGUAUGUAAACUCAAGUGGGUCUUUUAUUCCUCAUAGGUGCUGUUUGAACUCAAAUCAUGCACCCUCAGUACACAACUACAUCAGUUAGUUUAUUUUGCUGCACACAUGAGAUUGAAGAAUAGUGUUUGAAUCGGCAACAUAUCUCUCAUCAUCACUGGAGACAGACAAGUGGAUCUAAAUGGGGGAAUGCUUGAAACUGUUCUGUUGGACCUAGACGGGAAGGGAAUCACAGUCAAGGACAUGCACUACUUACAUGGCACUUGAGAGAGUCUGGAUAUGGAGCACAGUGGACAUCAGAAGUGGAACUGUGCUGCCUUGAUUUGCAUGUAUAGCAGCUCAAUCAGUCAGCGUCUCAGCCAGGAAAUGAGGCUUUCACUAUCACUUCAAAUCAGUGAACAGGCUGCUGUGAACACAAGCCUCAUUCUUAUUCAAGAGGACUGAGUGGUCUUGUGUUUCCUUCAUUGGGCUGGAGUUGUUGAUUCUUGAGGUUACUCGGGCCAGUGGAAAUUAUUUUUGUUUUUUAAAUUACUGCUGAAGCUUCUUUACCUUUCAUCAGUGAAAACUCCUCAACAUUUGACCAUAAUGACUUACUGGAGAUUACUUCAUUUAGAUAAAAAAAA